AUGGAACUUUCGCCUGAGACACGGGAAGUCAAUAUUGGGGGCCAACAGCGAGAGGCGGCUCCGAACAACAUCCAGCGGGAAACUGGCUUCACCACCGUCCCCGGUGACCUUCAUCCGUCAUUCUACUUGGCGGGGAAUGUGCUUGGUGACAUCGGAGAAGGAAUGCAGUCUGCUAUUGGCAGCCUGCACCGGCAGGAGCAGCAGCAGCAACAAAGUACGACUGGAGCCUCUGAAUAUGGCUCGCGCCACCCCCAUGGACCCACGGCGGAGGAAUGGGACUCUGUCAAAGAUGUGAUCCGCCAGCUCUAUGUGCACGAUCAACGUUCUCUCAAAGAGGUAAAGCAGGAGUUGGAGACGAAAUACAAUUUCCGUGCUACGGAGCGCAUGUUCAAAGCCAGACUUGGGCCUUGGGGUUUGAAUAAGAACUCCAAAAACAACGACUGGGGCGCUAUGGCAAAACUGCACAAGAUCCGCAGGGAGUCCGGUAAAUCUGCCACCGAGUUCCUGAUCCAUGGACGAAGGAGGACCCUCGCACAACUGCGUAAGCAUAUUAGGAGCAAGUCCAUGACCGAGCAACAGUUCCUAGCGGCGGCGCUGAAUAUCGAAAUCCCCUCAUACAUUCGCUGCUACACACCUGAACAGCAAGACGUUACUGACGAAGCAAGCUGCGCGUCCCAACUGGGUGAUGGCAGGUCCGUGCCUGAACCGCUUACAAGUGGCGAGCUACUUCCGUCGCCUACCAAGUUGGGUAAACCCCGUCUUUCCGUCACCAGUCUACUCAAUAAGCCCAAUAACGAUGCUCUUCCAUUGGCCGGACAGAUUCCAUUAUCGGAAGCAGUGUCACAGACCGCAGGUCGAGCUGAAGCCCAAAUAUUGAAUCAGCAGCAGCCGUCGCGAUCUACUAACGGAAUCAUGGUUACAUCACCGUCGCGGCCUGCACUAAACCUCUCGUCUCCAUUGGCUACGCCUUGCCAGCAUAUCCAAAGUCAACUAAAUCGGAUGGCACAACAAGCCCUGGUCCCGUCCGCUGCACCGCAAUGCAAUUUUGAAGAUCUCGAUUCGUGGGUGUUCCUGACAAAUCUCCUUAACGACGCGGAUCAUAGUCCCAUACUAAACUGCUCCCAGUGCAAUCAGUCUCUAUUUAGCCACUUGAACACUCUUGAUGACUAUGUCCAUGUAAACAGUUUUUCAAAUGCGACAACACCCACUUCCUCUCAGCUGAUACCUGUAUUUACCAGCGAACACCAGGCUGCCGCACUGAAAUGGGUGGUACGGUGCUUCUCAGCAUGUAUUUACAUGACUCAAGGGACCUCAAACUUCGCCCAGCAGAGUUUGUUCGAUGCCGAGAGCGAGGUUAAAAACAUGUUGGAAACGGACAACCCUCUCACCCUGACAAGUCUGCACCUCAUUCUCUCCAUUCUCCAUGUCCAUGACCAAGGGAGCAUAGUCGAAUCAAUUGUGGGUUCCGCUUUGAAGGUAGCCAGCAAUAUGCUUGGCUGCAGGAAUCCAAUAACCAUCACCAUCGCAUGGAUGACAGCAGCUGCCGGACAGAAGCUGCCGCAGCCGGGCCUCGACGCAAGUGCGCUUCGUCGUGUGUGCCAGGACUUUACAGAGCAGUUGGGUGGCAGCCAUCCACACUCCAUCACAGCACUUUACAACCUUUCCUGGAACCUGAUCAUCGACGGUGCCUGGGAUGAAGCCGAAAGCAAUCUGAGACGUCUGUAUCAGACAUCGUGCCAGGUACUGGGCCUGUCGCAUAUGCAAACCAUUACCGCCCUUACCAGCCUCAGUCGGGUUCUGAGCAACCAGAACAAGAAUGCCGCUGCCAUCGAGACAAUGCAAGAAGCUAUUGAGAGAAGCAAGAACACGAUUGGGCCAAGCCAUCCGUAUCGACUAGAAUCGAAGAGACGGCUUGCGCUGCUGUAUGAAAAGGUUAAUGACAAGCCCCAAAUGGAGAGCUUGUACUGGGAUGUUCUCAGAGGCAGAGUGAAAAUGCUUGGUCGAAAGCACCCUUACACAGUCGGUGCUAGGGUUGACCUUGUACAAUUGUUGCGCGAGCUCGGAAAGUGGGAUGAUCACGGCCAGGCUGGACGAGCGAUCGAGGCCUUGUUCGAGCAACAGGACGACUGUAAGGCGUGGUAUGAAGCCUUUUGA